GCUGAUCGGCGGGUAUGCAAGUAAUAAUAUAAUAAUAAUAUCGCAAAUAACAAUAUUGCCGAGAUGCGGCGAAGGUUGGUUUUGUACGCGUUAUCUGCGUCAUUGUUCGUUGUUAUCAUCGCCAUCAUCCCGACCACUGGGGCCAUCCAGGCGCGCAGCGAUAAGGAGCAGCCACAGACUGUCGUCUCGGGCACGGCGGUGCAGUCGGUAGUGCCAGUGCAGGCGACGGGAUCCGUGUCUGGAUCUGGUUCUGGCUCCUCCGCAGCCGCUGGCUCCUCGAACUCGGCCUUCCAUCCGCUGGGACCCAAUGUGCUGUGCUCCUUCCUGCCGCGCGACUUCCUCGAGUGCAAGGAGCCGAUCGAUCACCGGGAGAACGCCACCGCCAAGCGGGAGAAGGGCUACGGCUGCCUGAAAUUCGGUGGAUCCACCUACGAGGAUGUGGAGCACACGAAGGUGCAGUGCACCGUGUACGCGGACAUAGACUGCUAUGGCAAUCGCACCUUCUACCGCGAGGGAGUACCCUGCGUUCGCUACACAGACCAUUACUUCGUCACCACACUCAUCUACAGCAUGCUCCUGGGCUUCCUUGGCAUGGACCGCUUCUGCCUGGGCCAGACGGGAACUGCCGUUGGCAAACUGCUCACUAUGGGCGGUGUGGGCGUCUGGUGGAUUAUCGAUGUCAUCCUGCUGGUGACCAACAAUCUGCUGCCGGAGGAUGGCAGCAACUGGAAUCCCUAUGUCUAGCCGUGUGAUAUUUGCAUCCUCUAUGUCUGUCCUAGCUGUUAAGAAUCAUAAUAUCAUAGGUAUAAUAUAUAGUUUUGUAUGCUCACAAUGUGUAAUUAAGGAGAUUUCUUUGGAUCUUUGACCACAAAACUAUAGUGAGCUUUAACAUAUUUCUUUAUGUCUAAUAAAUGAUAAUAGUUUAUUAA